UCAUGUGACAGGAGUGGGCGGGGCUCAGCAUUAUAGGAUAGGAAUAUAGGGUAAGGUAAGAUUACAGGAGGUUUGUUACAUUGUGUCAGCUUUAUAGGUGAAACCAUCAUCUCCUUCUCCUGAAUGAUCCCCCAAGGAUGGACAAGGACAGGAAUGAGAUGACUAAGAGAAUAUUACACUUCACCUUGGAGAUCCUCCACCUGCUGACCGGAGAGUCCCCUCAUUGUCUCCAUACACAGGAUUACACCAUAGUGAAGAAGAUAUGGGGGGAGUGUGUGGCCCCCAGCAGCCAUCUCCAUGAGUCAGGAGGACGGAGCAGGGCCCGGGACCCCAACACGGAGCCUCCACCUCACUCACUGAUACAUGAGGAGAAGAUCCUAGAGCUCAUCCACAGGAUCACUGAGCUGCUGACUGGAGAGGUUCCUAUAAGGUGUCAGGAUGUGGCGGUCUAUUUCUCCAUGGAGGAGUGGGAGUAUGUAGAAGGACACAAGGAUCUGUACCAGGACAUGAUGGAGGAUCACCGGCCCCUCACAUCACAAGAAAAUCCCAGUAAGAAUUCUGAGGGAAACUUCAUGUUAUCCCUGAAUGAUAAAGGAGAAGAUGAAGAUAUGAUGGAGCGCUCCUCAGGAGAAGACCUCCUUACCCCUAAUGUCCAUCCAGAUCUAUCCUAUAAUAAUCCACCUGAUCAUGAGGAACCUUCUCCUGACCAACCACACAUUGUUACCUCAAGGACAAAUCAAAAAGGGGAGAAAAGGAUUCAGUGUAAUGAAUGUGGAAAACGGUUUACAAAAAGAUCAGGUCUUUUUAUACAUAGAAGAAUUCACACAGGGCUGAAGCCUUAUCCAUGUGUUGAAUGUGGGAAAUGUUUUACACGUAAAUCCCAUCUUGAUAAACAUAAGUUAAGUCACACAGGAGAGAAGCCGUAUUCAUGUUUAGAAUGUGAGAAAUGUUUUGUAAGUAAAUCUGAUCUGGCCAAACAUGAGAAAGUUCAUAGAGGAGAAAAGGCGUAUACAUGUUCAGAUUGCGGGAAAUGUUUUACAGAUAAAUCAAAUCUUGCUAGGCACGAGAGAAUUCACACCGGAGAGAAGCCGUAUUCAUGUUCACAAUGUGGAAAAUGUUUUACCCAGAAAUCCCAUCUUGUUAUCCAUGAGAGAAAUCACAAAGGAGAGAAGCCGUAUUCGUGUUCGGAAUGCGGGAAAUGUUUUUCAGAUAAAUCAAAUCUUGUUACACACGAGAGAAGUCACACAGGAGAGAGGCCCUAUUCAUGUUCUGAAUGUGGGAAAUGUUUUAUUAUUAAAAUCAGCCUCAAGAAUCAUAUGAAAAGUCACACGAGAAAGAAGCUAUGUUGAUGUACAGAAUGUUGGAAAUAUUAUAGGAGGAAACAUCUGGUUAUUCAGAAGUUUAAAAGUGGAAUGAGUCUUGAUCGGCCAAAUAUUUUUAAUUAUUUUAGAGAUGACCUGUGAGUGGGGUUCAUGGAGAAAAAUUGAUCUUUGUCAAAGCUGUGAAACUGAAAUAAAUAACUAUUCUA